ACUUGUAAAUCCAUUACAGAGGUGACUGGUUGGAUAGUUACCGGGGAAAGGCAGGCAGAGCGCAUAAGGCGAUUGUACUUGAAAACAAUAUUAAGACAGGACAUUGCAUUCUUCGACACUGAAACUACCACCGGAGAGGUCAUUGGUAGAAUGUCUGGCGAUACAAUUCUCAUCCAAGAUGCUAUGGGUGAAAAGGUAGGAAAGUUCAUACAACUGAUGUCAACAUUUAUCGGAGGAUUUGCCAUUGCCUUUGCUAGAGGAUGGCUUCUCUCAUUAGUCUUGCUUACGUGCAUUCCCGCUCUAGUCAUUGCCGGUGGAGGCAUGGCCAUAAUCAUGACAAGAAUGUCUAGCCGUGGACAAGUUGCUUAUGCAGAGGCUGGAAAUGUUGUUGAACAAACGGUCGGAGGCAUUAGAACAGUGGCAUCCUUCACCGGAGAGAAGCUAGCAAUAAAUAAGUACAACAGCAAACUGCAGAUUGCCUAUGCCGCUACUACUCAACAACAGUAA